GCGGGCAUCCAGUACGCCUUCCAGACGCAGAACCGACUGACCCUCGCCCUCAGCGGCACCGGCCACUGUGCCAUGGAGGCCGCUCUGCUCAACCUCCUGGAGCGCGGUGACACCGUGCUGGUGGCCACCAACGGCAUCUGGGGACAACGCGCCGCGGACGUGGCCGGGAGGCUAGGAGCCAAUGUCCAUGAGCUGCUGAAGCCUCCGGGUGAGUACUUCACCCUGUGGGACAUAGAGGAGGGCCUGGUGCAGCACAAGCCCUCGGUGCUUUUCAUCACCCACGGCGAAUCCUCCACAGGGGUGCUGCAGCCACUGGAGGGGCUGGGCAAGCUGUGCCACCGACAUGGCUGCCUGCUGCUUGUGGACGCAGUGGCCUCGCUUGGGGGAGCCCCCAUCUUCAUGGACCAGCAGGAGAUUGAUGUUCUGUACUCAGCGUCUCAGAAAGUCCUCAACACACCCCCUGGCAGCGCCCUCAUCUCCUUCAGUGAGCAAGCCAGGGAGAAGAUGCUGAGGAGGAAAACAAAGCCCUCAUCCUUCUACCUGGACAUGGGCUGGCUGGGGAACUACUGGGGCUGUGACGGGGAGCCACGAAGGUACCACCACACGGCGCCCAUCAACAGCUUCUUCAGCCUACGAGAAGGCCUGGCCUCGCUGGCAGAGAUGGGUCUGGAGAGGUCUUGGGAGCGACACCGGGUCAACUGUGCCCAGCUGUGCCAAGGGCUGUGUGACCUGGGGCUUGAGCUCUUUGUGAAGGAUGAGAAGGUGAGACUUCCCACCAUCACCACUGUCAAGGUGCCCAAGGGCUAUGACUGGAAGGAGAUCACAACCUUUCUCAUGGAAAACCAUGCGAUCGAGAUCGCUGGGGGGCUGGGCCCCUCCGUGGGCAAGGUCCUGCGAAUUGGUCUCAUGGGCUGCAACUCGACCAGCGCCAACGUGGAGCGUGUGUUGCGUGCCUUGAGAGACGCUCUGGGGCGCUGUCGCUGCAGCAGGCUGUGA